GACGGGGAUGGCGCAUUUUCUCGCACCGAGUAAUGCGGUGUCGCUGGCGGCUGAAAAGGGCGGAGAGUGCCGAACUGAAGCAGUGGGAGGGUUUCGUGUUGGUGGCGGGAGGAGCCUCAAAGUGAACUAUAAAGGAGGAAGUUGAGGCACUGUAGUGCUGCUUCGGGACCGGCGGUGUGAAACUAUUAUCACCGUUCUACCGAGAGCAGAGGUGGAGGCGGCGGGGGAACCCGAAUGGACAAAACUAACCCAAGACACAAUUGUAGAACUGCUUCAUGCCUGGUCUUUAUGAAGAUCAGCUUUUUUGAAUUCUGCAAAUUAUGGAAGAAACUCAGAAAACAUCUGAAAGAAUUCUUUUAGAACCCUACAGGUACUUACUUCAAUUACCAGGUAAACAAGUAAGAACCAAACUUUCACAGGCGUUUAAUCACUGGCUGAAAGUUCCUGAAGAUAAGACACAGAUUAUCAUUGAAGUUACAGAGAUGUUACAUAAUGCCAGCUUACUUAUUGAUGACAUUGAAGACAACUCAAAACUACGGCGUGGCUUUCCUGUUGCUCACAGCAUAUAUGGAAUUCCAUCUGUAAUCAAUUCUGCCAAUUAUGUGUAUUUCCUUGGUCUAGAGAAGGUCUUAACUCUCAAUCACCCAGAUGCAGUAAAGCUCUUUACCCGCCAACUCCUAGAACUUCAUCAGGGACAAGGCUUAGAUAUUUACUGGAGGGAUAAUUACACAUGUCCCACUGAAGAAGAGUAUAAAGCUAUGGUGCUGCAGAAGACAGGUGGACUGUUUGGAUUAGCAGUAGGUCUUAUGCAGUUGUUCUCCAAUUAUAAAGAAGAUUUAAAGCCACUCCUCAAUACACUUGGUCUCUUUUUCCAAAUUAGGGAUGAUUAUGCUAAUCUACACUCCAAAGAAUAUAGUGAGAACAAAAGUUUUUGUGAAGAUCUGACUGAGGGCAAGUUUUCAUUUCCUACUAUUCAUGCUAUUUGGUCUAGACCUGAAAGCACUCAGGUUCAGAAUAUCUUGCGCCAGAGGACAGAAAAUAUAGAUAUUAAAAAAUAUUGUGUACAUUAUCUUGAGGAUGUAGGUUCAUUUGAAUAUACUCGGAAUACACUUAGGGAGCUUGAAUCUGAAGCCUAUAAACAAAUUGAAGCACUUGGUGGAAAUCCUGAGCUGGUAGCUCUAGUCAAACAUUUAAGUAAGAUGUUCAAAGAAGAAAAUUGAUAGUUUUAAAACCAUCAUUAAGUUGGUGGCUCACUUUAGCCAGAGCUUUUGCUUAUUCCACCUGUCACCAGUUUAAAAUGUCAGCCAAGCUACCAGCCUUCAAAAAUCAUUGGAUGAAUAAAGCAUUACUCUGUUCAGUCCCUGUUGGUCACAGAUAACAGUGAGGCAAUUAUAAAAGCCAGGUGGUUUUUUUCUCUUUAUUGCCCACCAAGGCACAAAAUUAAAUGGGUCAAGAAAGGCCAGAUUUGGGUUAGUGGUGUAUGGAAAAAUUAUAAAAUCUCUAUGUCAUAUAGUCAGGUUUUAUGAGAGAACAGACUAUUGCUGUGAGUGUCUCAUUCUUGUCAAAAAAGAGUUCAGCCUCUCUGAAUUGGAUUUUUAUCCCACUAUUUUCCACAGUGCUGUAAUAAUUUUUAAAAUACUUUGAAUUUUCCAUUGUAAUGAUCAUAAGGAAACCUCCAAUAAAAACAAAAUCAUGGUUAUUUGCUGCUACAGGAUGGAUACUGUACUUUGUGUGUGUGUAUAUAUAUAUAUAUAUAUUUGUGUGUGGUAUAUUUACCUAUAUACACAUGUGUGUAUAUACAUACAUGUAUGUAUAUCUGCCUUAAGAUGUUUAUUUUGCUCCAAAAAUAUCUAAAGUUGACUACAUAACUGGAAAAUUAAUAUACUUAUCCUGUAAAACAAAGUUUUCAGUAGAUUUUAUUCCCUACACAAUAGGGUAUGGUAUGGGAUUAAUACUUCUUAAAAUUCUGCUUGGUCACAUGUAUCUUGCCUUGUUAUUGGCUGCAAUAACAACUUUUAUGGAGUUUGAAUUUUUAAAAUCAUAUUGUAGAAUCAGCUUUAUACCAAAAACAAAUGGCAAUCAUCUGUUUUGUAUUGUUUUUUUAAAUCAUGUACAUUAAACUGCAGCAAAAAAAUAAAAUAAGCCUAGAGUUUUAUAUUUUUGCCCAUUACAGGUAUUUUUGAGCCCCUAACGAUCUAAGAGACCAGAAGUGUUUUGUCUGUUAUAUUUAGAAUUCAGUUUUUCCCAUUUUUUUUCUUUAGCACAGAAGGGCUAAGGAAGAAUAAAGGUGAUUUAAUAUUUAAAUUAAAGGAUGUGUGUAUACUUAAGAAUCAUUAAGUGGAAAAAUGCCAAUUUUUUCUCUAGAAAAAAUACUUUACUGUUGAGUUUAACCCAUUAAAAAUUUUUCACGUUGAUUUCAUUAUUUCAGCAGCAUAUAAGUAUAUUUUAAAGCAACAAUUUAUUUUUAUAUUCUCCAAGAAUAAUCAUGUAAUUACACAGGAAACUUAAAUGCCUUUGUUGAUUUACCAAAGCUAAUUAAGCAAGUGCUGGUGAAGUUAUUGCAGGGAACAGUCAGCCGGUCAGUCAGUAUUUAAGAAGCAAUUUUGGCAUGCUGUUUUAACUGGCUAGAAAGGAUUUGUUUAUUUAACAGAGCAUAUUUAUGAAUUCUGGAUAUUUUUCAAUAUCAUAUGAUUUUCCUAAACAAGAAUAUACAUUUUAAAAGUGUUUAUCCCAAAUUCUUUUUUUUAAUUUUUCUAAACACUGUUAAAGUUCAUUUGACCAAAAGGUUUUUUUGAAAAAACAAUUUGUAUAUUUAUAACUAAAAUAAUUUUAAAAUACAUAUGCUUGAUCAGCUUUGGAAACUUGAGUUGGAUUAUGCAACUAAUUUAUUUGCUUUCCUAAUUUCAUAGAGUGGAUGAGAUUUUCUUGCUCUUGAAUUUUUUCAUUUAGGAUUAUUUUAUCCGUAUUACUGCAAGAAUCAGCUUGUCUUUGAAAACUGGAUUAUCAUUUUAGUAGUCUCUGUUAAAUCUGGUGCAUGAUUGAUUACUACCAAUAGAUUGUUGUUGGUGUUAGCAACUGACAUAGCACUAGAAUGAUUUUUGCAUUUUAUCAUCUCAUUUGGUUAGUGUGUCAGAACCUUAUUAUCUGAUACUUCUUCAAUUUAAUCUGAAGUAUAUUACUUGUUACAAAAGGAUGGUUACUCAAUGCUCAUCUCAGAAAUAACCCUCCUUAAAUAUUAAAAGAUUGACUCUCACACUCAAAUUGGGCCCUUGACCUAGUCUAUAACCGAUUUCUAAAGCUUUAUGGGAAAAUUAGGUACAUUUGUUGUCUCAGAAGCAUAAGUGUAUUUGUGACUUUGGUUUGGAGAAGAUUGCCUUACAAAAUAAUCUUUAUGCUGGUUUCUCACCUUAGGUAAUAAUGACUUCCAUAGCCACUACACAUGACUUUGGAAUCAUUAGAGAAGGGUAAGAACUGACUGGGAGAUGUUAGUACAGUUGAUUCAAUAAAUUGUGUCUCCCUUGGUUUUAAUUCCAUUAACAAAUGUAUGAAAAGAAUGAGCUUAUUAAGUUUUCUUGGUUUGGGGUUAUUUCCCAUUUAUUCAUGCAAUCUCUAUCCAUGCACAAUUGGUGAUCAUGAAACUUGUUCAUCAAACGUGUAUUUACUUUUUUUCUCCCAAAUUCCUCUCAGACCAUCUCUCUGUAACUACUUCCAUUUGUGCAGCAUCCCUUUCCCCUUACCAUGCUGUAGUCUGACUUCUGUCCCUAUCACUCUGCAAUGGAAUUCUUGAAUAUAAGUGCUAUCUAGUUACAAAUUCAGUGGCUUUUUCUCAGACUGUAUUUCCCUGUCUAUAACAUUUUAUAAAUAGCAAAAGUAUACUAUUCUGGAUGUCCUGCCUCUGACAGCUCCCUUUCUUCUUAGAUUGACCCCUUUCUCUUAAUUAUGGACUCUUACCCAAAGUUCAGGACUUAGUCUUUUGAUGUUUUUAAAUUCAGUCUUCAUCUGAUCUGACAUUACUUAUUAACUCUGUGCAUAUGUAUUUAUAUCUCAAAUUAUAUUUUAGUUAUUUCCAUUUGAAUGGCUUGUCAUUUUCUGGCAAUUUUCCCACUAUCCUUCUCUGAGUCAUGAAAUCCCAGAUUUCUACAGUCAGAAGGGACCCUAGCACUCACCUGGUCUGACGAAUACACCAAAGAAAUCUCCGCUGUAACAUACUUGACAAGUGGUUGUCCAGCCUCUCCCAGAAAAUCUGCAAGGAUGGAGUACUCAUCACUGCUCUUCCUAGGCCAUUUUUACUUUUGAUCAGCUUUUAUUCUCAGGCAGUAUUUGCCUCUGAAUUUCUUUCCACUGUUGCUGCUUCUGCCUUCUGGAACCAAUCAAAAUUAACCCUUCAGAUACUUGAGGUAGCUAUUGUUACUCUUCCAUCCCCCUGCCCCAGUACCUUUCUCUUCUUUAGACCAAAUAUCCCUAGUUCUUUCAAUCGAUCUUCAUAUGACAUGGACACAAGGUCCUUCAUUAUCCUGGCUGACCUUUUCUGUGUGCUUUCCAACUCAUCAAUAUCUACCUUAAACCAUGACACCCGGAACCGAACACCAUCUGAGGAACCCUAUGUUCUGCUCCUAUCACAUUUUAUCCGAUGGGAGACAAAGACAGUGGUGUUAUCACCUCCCUAUUCCUAGAAACUAUGCCUUUCUUAAUGAAGCCAAUGUCCCAUUAGUUUUUUUGGUAACUGUGCCACACUGCUGACUCAUCAAGACUUGUAGUCCACUAAAAACCACCUAAAAUUUUUUUUAGGUUAACUACUGUCAAUGCCUUACCCAUGCUAUACUUAUAAAAAUAGAUUGAUUUGUAUUGUUUGGAUUCAGCCCAAUGCUCUAACCUCUCAAGAUCCUUUUGUAUCCUAUUAGCUCUCCCUCCUAGGACUAUGUCAUCUACAAAUUGUUUGAGCAUACCAUCUAUGUCUUUAUCCAAGUUAAAAGUGUUAAACAGCUUAGGUCCAAGCACAGAUCCCUUGAAUACUCCACCAAAAAAACUUACUGUUUCACUGAAAAUGAACUAUUCUUAGCUACACUUUAAGUCUGGCUAUCCAAUUAGUUAUCAGUUUGUCUGAAUCUAUUCUCAUCUAAUCCCUAACUAUCCAUCUUUACGAGAGUAGUAUGAGAUAACUUUACAAAAAGCUUUGCAGAAAGCUAGGUAGGCUAUACCCACAGCAUUCCCUUCAUCUGUAUUUGAUUACUAAUUCUGGCAAAAAGGGAAAUGGGAUUGGUUUGGCAUGACCUUGAAGCCACACAGACUUUGUAACGACCGUCUUCUCCUCAAAGGAAUGGGUAGAAUUAUCCCAAGAAUUGAAGUCGCUCACUAGCCUAUAGUUCUCUGACUCUCUCUCUCUCUCUCUCUCUCUCUCUCUCUCUCUCUCUCUCUCUCUCUCUCUCUCUCUUUGCUUUAUCAGGACAUUUGUCCUUAUCCAAUCUUAUGGCACUUCUCUCAUUUUUCCAUUAUCUUUCAAAUAUCACUGACAGUGGCUCAGCAAUUAUGCUUGACAGUCUUAAGGACCCAAGGAUGUAGUUCAUCUGGGCAGUGGUGACUUUAGUUCAACAAGGGCAGCUGAAUGUCCUCUUCCUGUCUUCAUACUUAUCUUGGCAUAAGUUCCCUCUUAAGUCAUUUUUGUCGUUAAUUUCCCAUGUAAAAAUCACCCUCCUUUGCAAAGAAAGCAGGAAUAAAAGUAUUGAGCAAUUCCCCCUUAUCUCUUUUGUCAGUUACAGUCUCAUCCACCCUUAAAUAAAGGUCCCUUCUUUGAUCUUCCUUUGUCUCUCCCAAUAUAGUAAACACACACACACACACACACACACUUUAUUGUCCUUAGCUUCCUGCAUUAGCCUCAGCUGAUACUAAGCCUUAGCAAUCCUGACACUAUUUGCAAGACUCAUGUUCUUAUAUUGAUCUUCUGUUACCUAGCAUUGCUUCCAUAUUUUUUAAAAAUGUAUUUUUGUUCUGAACCUAACAGGCACCCAAAAAUGAGAAUUUUUAUACACAUAGAACAUACUCAUACACAUAGAACAAAAAAAAAUAGAUUGUCCAUGAAGCUACAGGUCUCUAUUAUGUGAAGUUUGUUUUUUAAAUUUAUAAUAAAUUCUGCCUAUAGCGUUCAAAGCUUUACUGCUUGUCUGUGCAUUUUUUCUGGUCUUCUCUUUACAUUAAUAAAAAUAUUUCAAGGAUUA